AUGAACUUCCUCGCUGGCUUCUCGGUCGUUGCCUGGAUGUUCUGCACCUUGGCCACAGCAGAGAGAAUCUUUCACCGCAGAGACCGUUCCGAUAUCAGAGUGGCUCAUCAAGCUACCCCCAUCAGCGCUCAGCAUUCUGCCCAGAAAUUCCUUGCCAGGUAUGGAUGGACAAAGCCCGUUAACUGGGAGGACAUCUUGCAUCAAGAUGCAGCAGUAUCCACUGAAGAUCCAGCCCCUCCGGACUUGAUGAGUCUCAUCAAAGAAGACUUGGAAGUCUCAAAACAGAUGGAUCCUUCAACAAACCAAGUCACAGAAAGUCCAGCUUUUAUCCAGGCUUUGAAAGCAUUCCAAGAAUCAAAUGGACUAGCAGUAACUGGCAUCCUUGACCCGCCUACAAGAGAGGCAAUGAACACACCCAGAUGUGGGGUGCCAGAUCGGAAAUCUAUUCCUCAUGUUCAGCUAUCCCUCAACGCGACACUGUCUAUGAAUGGCACGGACAAGACCAACCAGACAUCUGAGACAAAAGUCAGUGUGACAAGAAGUGGUCUUGUGCGCAAGAAGCGAUUUCUGCACCGUCUCUUUCAUGGUCGGAAGUCAAGAGGGAGGAGAAGGGAGGUUGCCGAUGGCAAUGUCUCUGGCCUGGCCUUUGGCAAACGGAAACUCAAAUGGCGUUUGCUUAGCGAGGGUUACAGCUCUCAGUUGUCGGUUCUUGAGCAGAGAGCUGCCAUUCGACUUGCUUUCAGGCUGUGGAGUGAGGUCACACCAAUAGACUUCGAAGAGGAUCUGAGAUCAUCAGUCUCAGUCAUGGAUAUCACCCUAGCAUUCGGAACAGGGCACCAUUUAGGCUGUUCACAGGCAUUUGAUGGAGCUGGGCAGGAGGUGGCACACUCGUGGCAGAAUGGAGCCAUUCACUUUGAUGAUGAUGAACAUUUCACUGCAGCAAACAGUAACCAGGGAAUCAGCCUGCUGAGGGUGGCUGUGCAUGAGGUAGGACACGUCCUGGGCUUGCCUCAUAUAUAUGGCAGGGGGUCAAUAAUGCAGCCCAACUACAGUGCGGUGGGCAGAGGCACAGAGCUGGACUGGGCAGAUAGAAAAGCCAUUCAACAGCUGUACGGGGUCUGCGAGGGACCAUUUGACACAGUCUUUGAUUGGGUCCGAAGGGAGAGGGGUUCGGAUGGCAGGCUGGUUAUCAGUUUCAACACGUACUUCUUCCGGGACAGUUGGUACUGGAUGUACGAGAACCGCAACAACCGCACUCGUUACGGAGACCCCCUGCCAAUCUGCACUGGCUGGCGUGGCAUUCCCACAGCAGGAAUUGAUGCCUUUGUCCACGUCUGUACCUGGUCAAAAGAUGCUGCUUACUUCUUCAAAGGCACUCAGUACUGGAGGUAUGACAACUUAAAUGACCGUGCAUAUACCGAGGAUCCGCGUGGUGUCAGAUAUCCCAAACUCAUCUCCAGUGGAUUCCCUGGUAUUUCUGGUCCGAUUAAUGCAGCCUUCUUCGACAGACGUGAUCAAUGCAUCUACUUCUUCAAGGAAAGCAUGGUUACAGCAUUUAACGUCAACACCAACCUGAGGCUUCCUGGAUAUCCUAAGAGGAUCAUCAAUGUCUUCCCACCCCUGGUCCCUGGAGACCAUCCGAUGAGCAACCUGGAUGCGGUCUACUAUUCCUACACUCAUAGGGCUACCUUCUUCUUCAAAGGCGUCUACUUCUGGAGGGUGACCAACAGGCGUGACAGGGUCACCAACCACAGCAUACCCUACAACGGCCUGCACCCCAAGCGCAACGUCAAUGAGCAGUGGCUGGAUAUCUGCAAUGUGCACCCCUCUACCAUGACAUGA